AUGAGUUUAUUAAAAGUUUUAUUUUUUUCUAUUUUUUUUGGAUUUAUUAUUUUUACAACAAAUGGAUGUAAUUUUAAGUGUACUGGAUGGUUAAGAGGACCAUGUCAACUUAUAAUUGACGUAAAAACAGAUGUUUUUUUACCAAAAGCUAAAAGUUUGAUGUUUAUUCAAGAUUAUAAUAGCCUUCAACUUGCAUGGUAUCAACGUCAUAAAAAACAGAAUGCUUUGCCAUAUAUGAAUAAGAUUGUUGCAUUAAAAUUUGAUCAAAAUAUGGUUAAACGUUUGUGUACUUUUUAUAAUUUAAGAUACAGAAAUCCUACAAGCAUCAUGCUAAUUGAUUCUUCAAUGAGAACAAAUUCAUUUAGAUCAAAUUCAUUUAGAUCAAAUUCAUUUAGAUCAAAUUCUAUUAAAAAUAAUUUUGCAAGAAGUUCAUUACGUAAUUCUAGAAGAAACAGUUUUAGUAAUUUUUAA